CUUCACUCUCAUGUCGUCGAUUCGGAAAAAGCGGAACUUCAGGGGCCUGCAGCUCCCAACGGCUGCUCUCGACUGUCACGCGCACGAUGAGCCAGUUCCCGCACGCGCUGCUCCCGCCGGACCCCGCAGGGGAUCGCAACUUCCUUUUGGCCAGGGACCUCUGCAAGGCCAGGAUCCACACGGGGGCGCGUCGACGCAGGACGCGAAGGCGACCCUCACAAGCCGUCUGGAAACGCUGGCGAAGGAUUCCAAUCCCGGGUUCGAUGUCAAGAACGACGAGUUCACGACCCUGCAAGAACUGGGAUCAGGGAAUGGCGGCAGCGUGCUGAAAGUGCAGCAUGUCAAAACGGGGACGGUCAUGGCUAAGAAGGUCGUUUUGAUUGACGCGAAGCCGGCAGAGAGGAAGAAAAUCCUGCUCGAGCUGCAAAUCAUGCACGACUGCGACUCGCCCUACAUUGUGUCUUCGUACGGCGCCUAUCUUGCAGAGCCCAAUAUCUGCAUCUGUAUGGAAUUCAUGGACAAGGGCUCUUUCGACGGAAUAUACAAGUCGAUUGGGGCGAUUGACGUGAACGUCGUGGGGAAGGUUGCUGUGUCCGUAUUGGAGGGGCUGAGGUAUCUGUACGAUGUACACCGGAUCAUUCACCGCGAUAUCAAACCCUCGAACAUUUUGUGCAACUCGCAAGGAGACAUCAAGCUCUGUGACUUUGGUGUUUCCGGGGAACUGAUCAAUUCGAUUGCGAACACCUUUGUUGGCACGUCGAUUUACAUGAGCCCGGAACGCAUCCAAGGCGCGGUAUAUUCUGUGAAGUCAGAUAUCUGGUCUCUCGGUAUCACCCUGCUCGAGCUCAUUGUGGGACAAUUCCCUUUCUCGGGUUCGUUUUCGGACACGGAGGAUGACGACAUGGACAUCGAUCGGCCUGAACCUCCUCCUCCGCCCAAAUCAAAUCACCGCGACUCACUCCAAAUUCCCAUGAGCGCAAGUCGGAGAAGGAGGAGGAGCAAAGGUGUAUCCUUGCAUGGAGGGGGCAUGAUGUUGAGCAUCAUCGAACUCAUGCACCAGAUUGUCAACGAGCCCUCGCCAACAUUGCCACGUGGGAAGUAUGGCUCCGCAGCGGAGGACUUCAUCGAUGCAUGCCUAGAAAAAGACAUCGAAAGUCGCAAAACACCCGCUCAACUCUUUGAAUUCGAUCAGCGCGCAACACUGGCGCCCAACAACCGCGCAGCUGCCAGCGGCACUGCAUUCUCCUUCUUCUCUCUCUCCCUCCCGCAUGCGAAAGAAUGCGACGCAUGGCACCCAGGUCUUCUCCGACCAGGAGACCAUGGAUAUGAGGCGGGUGCGAGGAAUAGUAUGCCGCUCUUCUUGUACGCUUUGGCGCUGGUGGUUGAUGGUUUCGACGCGCACAGAAUCAUCCACUCUGCCUCGUCCGAUCUUAAUUUCCACCUCAAUGCCAUGCGAGAGCGAAUACGGGAACUCGAAGAAGCUAUCGCGACGUGUAUCAAGGAUUAUAGAGACACGACCGACAGUGUAGGUUCCGCGCUGAACCCUUUGCUGCGGAAAGAUGUGUCGCUCGACCAGCAAGCAGACGCCAAGUCAAUAUCACCGCCGAAAAGCGAUACAGCGGAGCUGGCUGACAGUUUUGGUGCCAUGGCAUUAAGCGAUGCGGGAACACAUCGGUACUUUGGACCUACAGCAGGCACCGCAGUGAGUAGUAUAGACAUUUUAAGGAUUGUUGACUCUGAUUUGAUCUGCCUUGAGGCUCUGCUUUCGGCUCAGGGAACUGCUGGUGGUGACCGCGGCGAGUACACCUACUCGUUCGCAGAGGUUAUGAAUGCAUUCCCCCUUACGAAUCUGCCGGUCCCGACCUGGAACAAAACGGCUUCGAUGGGUAUCCUACUUGCGCAACUGCCCGAUGAACCUCGUGCGUGGGCGCUCUUCGACAUCUACUGCGCGGCCGCGUCGUGGUAUGGCCGGCCGAUAAUGCCUGACGAAUUACGAGAGCUGGUGACUAUGGUCUACUCACCAGACACGAAUUUUCAUGGGCUGUCCCCACACGCUUUGGCCAUGGUUUUUCUUGCGUUUGCCUCUGCCACACUAGCGGAUUUGGCGCUGCCAGCGUAUAGCGUUCAGGCGGACGCGUAUUUCGAUCUUGGCCGGGCAGCAAUGACACUCCUCGAUGUUUCUGUGUCGAGAGAGUUGUAUACCAUUCAAGCAUUGCUCAUGGUUGGCUUGUAUUACGGGACGGGAAGCCCCAGGUAUAGUUUAGAUGCGUCUGUCACAGCCGUAUCUAUGGCCGCAUGUUUAGCUCAGGCGGUCACAGCGCCCUUGGCGCUUGCUUUCACUCGGACAGUCGCGCCCAGCUACGAUGAGAUUCUCGAACUUGACAAACGACUAAGGCAUUUUAUCGAGAAGGCGCCCUUUCCCCACUACGAGAUGAGCGGCGGUUCGGCCUCCUACCUCGGGUACAUUCGGGCGCAUAUGAUCCCUCGAUUGUCCCAUAACUUAAUCAUUUACAUACAUCGGUCGUCAUUCGUCAAGGCAAUCAAGCACAACCCUACUAAUCCCCUCGAUUCUCCGUAUGCAGCGUCCUUUUUGGCAGCCUAUCGUGGCGCAGAUUCGAUGAUUAAGGCGGACAUGCGGUUCUUGGAGGCAUAUCCAGAAUACAUCCACCGGUGGUGGCCGUUCUGGAAAGCCGUGACAAACUCGGCUUUUAUCCUCGCUUCCGUCGCUGCCAAGUGUCCGAAGCACCUGUUGGCUCCCGUAGCACUCGCAGAUCUCCUGACCACCGUCGAGUUGAUAGAACGGGCGUCAAAGCACUGUGUCGUAGUUACUGGAGCUUUAACCGUCCUUCAUCGUCUCCGAAAUAAAGCAGCGGUUGCAUUUGCCGCCGCUAAUGAUAUCCCGGUGCCUGUUCUGGCUGACGUCGACCUGAAUGAUCUCGCGGACGACACUGACUUUGAGCUGAUCGGGGGUUCUCGGACCAUGGUCGAUAGCGCGACUCUCCCGAAACGCCAAAUUCAAUCUACCGCGGACUUGUCGCGUGCUUCCAGCCCGACUCAGGCGCAGAUAAUGUGGGAACCGCCGAUAUCCCCAGUGACUCAGCAGCGGCUGUGGGACUGGGAAUGGGAGCAGGCUCUUUCGGGAACGAUAGUGGAUCCUCUUCGGGUCGAUGGACAUCUGGCCUCGGGAUUGUAUCCGGACUCGACGCUAGGGGCGGCGGAAACCGCGCAAGAAGUCAAGCUGGGUUACGCGUGGGAGAACCUGGAUGCAUACAUGAUUGCGCUCACACGGCAGUAGCUCCAGGCGUUGGCUAGAUAAGCCCCGAUCAUCGACGGUAGCUGUAUCUUGCAUGCAUCAUGUCCGCUCAAAUGGCCACCACCAGAAAUCACCCCGGUUUUCAUGAAUUACCGUGAUACUGGUCUGACAUGUCCA